AUGUCCCUGGGGUUCUCAGUCGGCGACUUCGUCGCCGUCGCCAAGCUCAUCAAAGAAAUAUCCGGCUGCAUUCGCCAUGGCACGACCGCAUCGUAUCAGGCCCUCGAUCUCGAACUACACACUCUGAAGAGGGCCCUCGAUGAAAUCGAACGCCUCCAAUGUCCUCCCGGCCAAGCGUCUGCCGUCAAUCAGGUCAAAGUCGCAGCCUUGAACUGCCGACAGCCCCUGGACCAGUUCGCCUCCAAGCUUCAAGCGUACGGCAUCCUCGGCCUGCAGCCGCAGACAAAGCCCGACUUGAAGUCGAGUCUGGGGAGGCUUGCGAAAAAGGUGCAAUGGGGUGUAGAGAUGGAGGAACACGCCGUGAGACUACGCGCAACCAUCGUCGCACACGUGGGCUUCCUCGCACUGCGACUGAACUUGAUCGGACUAAACGCGGACUUUGCGCUGUCCCAGAAGUUGGACGACCACCAGAGCGCGCUUCGAUCGCAGCUCGACCAAAUUCGGGGCCAGGUCAUUGCAUCGGAGCGGAAGCAAGCUGCCCAAGGCUCACUCAUCAAGGCAACGACGGGCCUCAUCCUGGAACAAGUUUCUGAACUUGCCUCUGCAUGCAUCGGAGUGCGGCUCGACACUCUCGUCGACCUUGCCAAGAACAUCUGGCGGUCGAAUCUCAGAAUCAUUGCCAUGGUGUCAGAGAUGCAUGGUCGUCUGCCACAACCGAACGCUUCGCACACCUGGUUUCAGGAUCCCAUCCGGUUCGAGGACGCCCUGGGACGCGUGUUCCCCAUACCUUCAGAGUACAGCUGGAGUAAGGUCCACGCCAUCAUCCAGGACCAGUUCGCGACUGGCCCAGGCAGCCAGAAAGUCAAGUCUAGGGAAUAUCUCCUGUAUAACUCAUUAGACAUGAGACGACCUCUUCCACAACAGCAUGCUCAUCUGCCGCCGGGCAUGGCCAUGACCAUGACCUUCAUCUUGGGGACAUACGGGCCGCGAGCACCUGAAACCUGUCCAAGGAUCGAAUGUAUGUCGCUCCAGUCCGUCGAUGAUGGGCUGGGCACUAGGUUCUGGUAA